ACCGGAAAUAAACCUUUCACCUCUGCUGCCGUGCAUGAGGUUGGCGGGCUGCUAGAGUUGUGUGUAAAAGUUGUAUUUGUUUAGAAUUUCAGCGGAAUUGGGACACGUAUUAAAGACAUUCAAUACCACGCGGAUAAUUUCCAACCGGGUAAACCUACAAGUUAGUUAAAACGCGCUUUAUUUUAGUCCUACUUUCAUUUUUAGUUAGCCUGUUGCUAAACAGUGUUUCAAAUGUUAGCUAACGGACCGGUGUUCUCAUGCCUGCCUGCGUGUAUCAGUUUUCUCAGAUAUGUGUGAAUUAUUUUGAGGUUUGCAUUUAUUUUUCUCUGUUUUCCCCUUAAUUCUGUCUGAACGUAUUGAUUAUGUAGGUAAAUAAGCGGGGGUAGCUCAGCCAUGCCGUCCAGCGCUGGAGCCAGCAGCCCCGCCGCUGCUCUCGCUGAAGCUCUGGAGAACUCCUCCAGACUCAUAGACAAACACCUGCAGGAUGACCGCCUCUUUCCUGACCUGUCAGAGCUGCUCAGCGUCCCCUCUCACAGUGAGUACAAGAUAAGACCUGUUGGUAUACACAAUAUCAUUACAGAGUUAGUUAUCAAAACCUUGAUUCAAAUACUGACACAGAGAAAUUGGUGCUGCGAUACUACGUUAAAGGGAUAUUGGUGUAAAAUUAAUUUAGGGUCAAACACGCUGUAACACCGAGUUAGACACCCCCUCGGAAGAUGAUUGUUGCCGACCAGUUGCUUCUCUAGUUAUACCAACUUUAGUAAUGACCGCAGGAUAACAAUACACAGCAGUCUGAGCAGCCAUAAACAAACAUCAACCAAUGUUCUUCCUUGAGCUGCGUCACCCCGCAGCAGUCGAAGGACUCGCCUGGAGGUCUCCGUACAAACAAGCGGUUGCUGGAAGAGAGUUGGUGAGUUGUGUUUAGUCUCUUUGCUAAUGAAAGUUAAAAAGAUGUUUGGUGACAGUACUAUGGCUGGGACCCUCUAUGUACUGUUGAUGAAGUUGGGUGCUGUUCUGAGCAUUAUUUGUGGCUAUAGAGCGUUUUGGUUGAGCAUGUGGCUCUCUGUAUUGCUAUCAUGCGGUCGUUACUAAAGUUGGAAUAACCAGAGAAACAAGCGGUCGGCAACAUUCAUCUCUCAACGGUGUGUUUGCCCCUAACUUAAUUGUACGCUGGGAUAUCCCUUUAAAAAUGUGAAGUAUACAAGGCGAAUCCAUAAUAAUUGGGAUUGGAAAUUACCAUUUGAAGUUGUGCGUAAUUAGACUUGUUCAUUGUCACUUGUGUUUAUAGAUAUGCCAUCCCUCUCUGGGGUGUCAGACAUGGACUACCCCCUCCAGGGACCUGGUUUACUCAGUGUGCCAAAUCUUCCGGAGCUCAGUGCAGUCCGCCGGGUGCCUCUGCCACCUGAGCUGGUGGAACAGUUCAGCCGUAUCCUUUCCCUCCUCUCAGAAAUAUAGAACUGAAGUUUUAAUGAAGAAUGAAGACUAAAAUCCCAAUCUGUUAAAUCUUGUUUCCUAAACUUUGAAUUUGAUUUUAACUUAACCGAUUUACAGAUAUGCAAUUCAACUGCAUGAUGGGGGUUUUUCCUGAGAUCUGCAGAGCUUGGCUCACUAUUGAUAACGACAUCUUCAUGUGGAAUUAUGAAGAUGGGUAAGUUGAAGAAGUGUAUGUGAAGUGGAAGUGUUUGAAUGUUUAGAAUGUUAAUGUAAUUUACUGUUUUGUUUGUUGUAGGGGUGACGUUGCCUAUUUUGAUGGCCUUAUUGAAACCAUUCUGGCAGUGGGCCUUGUAAAACCAAAACAAGGUACCUGUAAACCCAUAACAUCUACACCGGCUACCUGAAUUCUAUCAAAUUUGAGAAGUUUCCUAAAGUUUUUUUUCUCUUUCAGGUAUUUUACAGCCGCACAUUCAUUACCUCUUGGUACUGGCCACCUCUGUGGAUGUUGUGAUUCUUGGACUGAGCUUCCCCAAGAGCACAGCCGGUGAGUCUCACCUUGGAUGAUAUGCAAAAACACUGCUUAUUUCAGGCUUUCUUGUAGUAGCUGAUUAUGGCGCAGGCAGAAAGAAAUUAUGUUCUUCUGCUUCUUGUCUUCGAAUUUAGGCGGGGGGGUCAAAUCCAGUUCUGUUGAGGAUCUGUUUUUUUAAUCAAUGACAUUUAUCUCUUCUAUUGUCCUACUUUUGUCAUAGGCUUGAACGACAGCAUGACAGGUGGAAUGCAGCUGCUCCCAGACCCCCUCUUCUCCAUCCCCACUGACAACACCUACAUCCUGUCCAUCACCUCCACCGACCUGGGACGCAUUUUUAUGGCAGGAAAGGACGGCUGCCUCUAUGAGGUAGCUUACCAGGCUGAGGCUGGAUGGCUGAGCCAACGCUGCAGGAAAAUCAACCACUCCAAGAGUUCGCUGUCCUUCCUAAUUCCCUCUGUGCUCCAGUUCUCCUUCUCUGAAGAUGGUAAAAGAAAAAAGCACAUGUGUAGAGCAGAAGAUGUUCAUUAUCUAAAAUUUUACCUUUAAAACUUUUCUUUUACAAUCCACAGAUCCCAUUGUGCAGAUUGCUAUCGACAACUCACGAAACAUUCUUUACACACGCUCAGAGAAAGACGUCCUGCAGGUAUGACGCCUAUUUUUUUGCAUGUGUGACUGUUUUGACUUCUUCAAAAACAGACAAAUCUUCUGAUUAAUAGUUUUCUGAAGUGAUUUCAAGUGUUUCUGUUUUGCCUCUCAUCAGGUGUAUGACCUGGGGGCUGAUGGUCAGGGUAUGAGCCGUGUUGCAACCAUGUCCCAGAGCACAAUUGUUGGAUCUGCUGGAAACAUAGCAAGGUAUGCUUGGGGGUUUGAUAACCAUCAAACACACUUCUAUCUUUUAUUUCUUCAAAGAAAGGUAACAGAGAUUCCCUUCUCUUUUAAACCUGUAUCUGCAGAACAAUCGAUCGUUCUGUCUUCAAGCCGAUUGUCCAGAUAUCUGUGAUUGACAGAUCUGAGUCCUCAGACUGUCACCUGCUCGCCGUCACUCAUGCAGGUAAGCUUUAUGAGACAGUAAUAGCAAAACGAACACUAGCUGGCCACAAGAGAUACUUUUUAUGUAUGCCUUAACACUCUUUUUCUGUAGGUGUGCGCCUCUACUUCAGCACCACCCCCUUUGCCCCUCCUCACCAGAAGACUGCAGCCGUUCGACCCAGCUUGCUCGCUCUGGUCCAUGUCCGUCUGCCUCCAGGGUUUUCUGCAUCCUCUACCCUGCAGAAACCAGCAAAAGUCCAUAAAGCACUACACAGCAAAGGUAAAACAAGCAACCCCCUGAGAAAAUAGUUGAGAUGCCUGCUAGCUUUUAGUUUUACUUUUUAAACCAGAUUUCUGGAUUUCCUGAAAUACUUGAGUGUCUUUUCUUUCUUCGAAUCACGCAGGUGUUCUGUUAAUGGCCGCUUCUGAGGUGGAGGACAGUGACCUGCUCUGGUGCAUUAACCAUGACUCCUUCCCCUUCAAGAAACCUUUAAUGGAGACUCAGGUUGGCUCACAAGAAGUGCAAAUUGAUGAAAAGGUUGCGUGCAAAUUAGUGUCAUGCCACCAUCUGUUUUUCGCAUCAGAGCUGUGAUUAUACGCCUAAUUUUCCUCUGUAUUCAUUCGUAGAUGAUGUCCAAUGUCGAUGGGCACACUUGGGCUAUCUGUGCUCUGAAUGAGGAGAAGCCGGGCAAGAUUUCCACUCCUCUAAACAAGGACCUGAUCCCCAUCACUGAUUCCCCUGUGGUGGUGCAGCAGCAUUACAUCCCUCCACAGAAGUUUGUCCUUCUCUCUGCAAAGGUUAAAACUGCUGGCUUCUUGCUUCAAACAUUAGUUUUAUGUUGCUAUACUGACAAUACAACACAGUACCUCUGCUGAGCGCACUAAGUGUAGAAUCCUUGAUGUCCUGUAGGGGAGCCAUAUCUUCCAAAAGCUGCGGCCAGUAGACCAGCUGCGCCACCUACUGGUGAGCUGCGCAGGAGGAGAGAGUGAGGAUGUUGAACGCUUCUUCAAGCUGCACAGGGUACAGGACAUGUUAUUCACUGUUAGUAUGAUCAUUUUUAUUAAAGACUCCUAUCAUGGCUUUUGAGGUGAACUGCUGAUCUUGUGUUUGUAGGAGGAGCAGGCUUGUGCCACAGCGCUGAUCCUGGCAUGUUCCAACGCUGCGUGUGACAGAGAGGUUUCACAGUGGGCCACUCGAGCCUUCUUCAGGUCAGAUAACUUAAUCUAAUGGGGUCUUACUUUUUUAGACAUUGUGGAUUUUCAAUUAUCUACUGCUCGGUUGCAUGGUGCAAGAGAGGACAACGUUAAUAUUUGGUCUCUUUGGCUGAGAAGAUAAAGGAGAUGGUCUGAUUUACUUAUUAUUAUUAUUUUUUAUAUUAUACUAUAUUUGUUAUACUAUAUUAUAUUCUGUUCUUGUUGGACUGGGGUGGGGGGUAUAUAUGUAUGUAUAAUUUUUUCCUUAUUUUUUUCUUUUUUGUUUUUCUUUUUGUAAAAUUGAAACCGAUUUUAUUCUACCCUAAUUUAGAUUUAAUUCUAAUUUAAUUCUACUCUACCCUAAAAAAUAAAAAUUGAUCAAAAAAAAAAAGAAAAAAAAAACUGUAUCCAUUUUGGUGCAUAUUCAAACUAACUCAUACUGUGUAAAUUAAAAACAGUUUCUCUCUUUUUUUUUUUUUUUAAGGUAUGGAGGUGAAGCACAGAUGAGGUUCCCCGCUGCCUUGGCAUCCCCGAGCAAUGUUGGACCUGUGAUGAGCUCACCUGCACCAGGUAAAUUAGGAAGCUCUGAUCAGCUGGUCUGGAGGAAUAAAAGAAAUAAACCAACAAAAUUCUAAUUCUUUCAAACUCAUUGCAACACCAUGCAUGACCAAUUUUCCAACAUUAUAUUCAUCUAAAAUGUUAUUUUCCAAAAACAUUAACAAAGCCUAGAACAACACCAGCAUUAGAUUGUAAAUGUGUCUUUUCCCACUCUUUAGGUGUUGUUCCCCCGGCUCUGGCCACGCCUUUUGUACCUAUGCACGCUGGUUCGGCCCCCAUCACACCCAUGUCAGCAGGCCCAGAGGUGAUCUUCUCAGGGAAACACAACGGCAUCUGUAUUUACUUUGCCCGCAUCCUUGGGUAAGUUAAUCCUGCCACCAUUUGUCCCACUAACACAUUUUCCAUCUCUUAAGAGCAAGGAGAAAAAAAAUGUCACCUGAGUCCUUUCUUGAGUGUGAUGAUGGUGUCUUCACUGUAAACACAUCCUCCUCUUGUUCUCUGCUGACCUCACUUUAACAGAAAUAUCUGGGACGGCAGCCUUGCUGUGGAGAAAACCAUGAGCAAAGGAAACCAGACUGUUAGUAUUGUGAGUAUCACAAGCGCAGCGAUCACUUUCAUUGUUUAUUGGUGAUUUAAAUUCAUUGAUUUAUUAAGUUUUUUUUUUUAGAAGUGAUAAGAUAAUUCUCUCUCUCAUCUGUCGUCCUCACAGCUGGAAAGCAGUGUCGGUAUGUUUGAUCUGGAGUCGGUACUCCUGGAGCUCUUGGGUCUGCGGGAGUUUCUGGAUAAAAACUCUCAGUUCAGUCCAUCCUCUCUCGGCGUUGCGCAGUAAGAGCUCCUUCUUUCUCUGCUUGUAAAACACUAAUCAAUGUGUCUAAUCUACUCACACUCACACACGUCGGCAGACAGGCGUCCUUAUCAGACGAUCACUCUUUCACAGAUUAAACCAUCAUUCAAGUUUAUUCCACAGCAGUAAACUUGCCUUGUUGUUCUCACUGGCAGAUUCAAAUAAUUAAGCACAGUCCAAGUUAUAAAAGUUAAUCAGUUGUACAUGUGUGCGAUCCGGAUGCUCCUUUGACCUUUGAGUUCAAUUGCUUAAUGACCCUUGAAACUUCCUGUUACAAACUUCCGCAAGGAAAUAACUCAAGGCUUCCUUUUCCAUACUCAACAGUUUCAGUCCAUUUUGUAACUUCAAAGGCGAAGGUGAAAAUUAUCCAAAAGUCUGGAAAUCUGAGCAUCGAUCCCUGAUUUUUUAAAAAUGAUCCUGAACUGAUUCUUAGCUGCAUUUGCCUACAAGUAUCUGAGAGACAAACAAAUAGUUUAUCUUCUGCAAUUUAAGUUUUUCGUUUGCACUAACCCAGAUAACCAAGUUACUUCCCAUCCAAAGUUCUCUAAGUACAGAGAUUACCUCUGUGGCUUCUCUCUGCAUGAAAGUGGAAUCAGCUACAGGAUCCAUGUGUAGCAAAAGCUCUGCUGCUACAGUCUCCUCACUUCUCAUCCCUCACAAAUAACAUCUGUUCAUUUCCCUGAUAGCUUCAACUCCCCUGCCAACUUGCAGCAAAGGCUGCUGGGAUUUAUGCGUCCUGAUGGAGCCAACUCCCAGCAGGUCCAACAGGAGCUCCAGAGAAAAUAUCACAGUGAGUUAUGAGUGCAGGUGUCCACGUUUUAACAGUUAUAGUCUAAAUAUUAGUAAUUGUACAGUUCUUGUCGGAGAUGAAAACAGAAAAUUAAGAGCUUUACUCCACCGGGAUAGUCUCCUCAUUUACCUUCCUGUGACUCUUGUCUCUUAAUGUCUGUGUCUUUCUCCAGCCAAGGCUCAGGUCUAUGAGAAAGUGUCCCUGCAGGGCAUCCAGCAGCUCGUGCAUCGCUCCUAUCAGACUCUGGCCCUCUGGAAGCUUCUCUGCGAUCAUCAGUUCAGCCUCAUUAUGUCUGAGCUGCCAAAGGUACACAUUAGGGAUAUUCGUGUAAACGGGGCUGUCCUUAUUAUCCGUUCAGUAAAUAAUAUUAGUUUAUUCCACAAGAUAAAAAAAAAAGAAAAGGGGAAAAUUUUAAAUUACGUUUUUACCGUCUUAAUAAAAGUAUGCAUUAAACAAGCUAAAAUGUGUGGAUCAUUUGCGUGCGACUCUUUCUGCCUGGCUUGCUGCUCUGGGCUCAAAGCGCUGGCCUGCAGCAUGCAUGGCAUCGUGGGUUAACUUCCUCAGAGUGAAUCAGCACAUGGGAUCAGCCAGAGCGAUGUCGGUGAGAAAAAAGAGCAAAGUUUGGGAGUAUUUUGAUUUAUGUUGUCUGACUCUGAAGACUGACUCUUAUGGUGUGAGGCAGGCCGAUGACGCAGCAGCCUGCUUGGCUUGAGCGGAGCUUAAUUGCUUUGAUCUUUACGUACUUUAUGUCAUUCUCCAGCGCUAAAAUAAGAUUCUCUAACAUAUUUUAAUAUUAUAAGCAUGGCUUUCAUGUACUCUUCAUAUUUAUUUCAGAUGAUAUCUGGCCAUAUAGAUCGACAUGUGCUCAAUUUGGGUUAUUUUCUGAGAGUAAAUUAAUUUUCGUGUAUUCGAAUAUUCGGUUUCAAAAUGGUCGUUUAAACGUCAGUGAAAUUAACCGCUGGGAACAUCCUGAGUACACAUGUUCAGUAACCCGUCUGUUGAAGAUAAUAAAUGUAACACCUUUAUGUUUUCAGACAAAUAACCUGCUGUGUGAAGCCGCCAUCUCACAGAUCUUUCUGCCUCUUUGUCGUGUAUUCACAGGAGUUUCAAGAGCAGAUGAAAGGAGCGAGUUUUAAGGAUGUUGUGAUCCGGGGCAAGGAGCUGUCUGGAGCCCUGAUCACAGCACUCAUUAACGUCUACAUCAAAGAUAAUGCCUCCGUGGAUGCGAUCAGUAAUCACCUGCGAGACAUCUGUCCCCUGCUGUACAGCAGCGACGACAACAUUUGCUCCAAGGUACAACGGCGAGCUGUAUUCUGAUUCCUCAACAGCAUUAAAUUUUAGGAAAUGAAGAACUGCAGAUACAGCUAAACCUGUUAGUCUUUAUUACAGCCUUCGGGGGUCUGCCAUUUUUUAUUUCAUUAAAAGUCUCAGUGCUUUCACAUUUCCUGCAGUCCUCGGGGUAAUUUUGCAUCAAGAUCAUUAAAAGGCAUCGAUUCACCUGCAUUGAUUUAUGUCUUUUUAAAGAAUUGUUGCUUUUGUCUCCCACUUAGGCUAAUGAGCUGCUGCAGAGCUCCAAGCAGAUUCAGAAUAAAGCAGAUAAGGAGAGGAAACUGCGGGAGUCUCUUCAGCUCUAUCAGCAGAUCAGCCAGCACACGGACCUGCCGCUGGUCUGCUCGCAGUACAGGCAAGGUGAGGAACCCUCCCCCUUCACUCAGGAUUAUUCGCUCAUAUCUUAAUUUGUCCGCUUUUUAACACCAACACUGUUGCUCAAUGGUCUCAGUGCGUUUCUACGAGGGCGUCCUUGAGUUGUGCCUCACAGCAGCAGACAAGAAGGAUCCACAGAGACUGGGACCCCACUUCUACAAGAACAGAGAGCCUGAGGACGACAGAGUGGGGCAGCAAGCCUUCCAGGAAAGGUAACAAGUCAGACACAAAGUCAGAACAAGCUUUCGAAUCAAGCCGUCACCAUCAAAUGUUUCUCCUUCCUCCCUCUGUCCCAGACUUUCCUGUUAUAAGUGCAUCACAGACACCAUGCAGGAGCUGGUAAACCAGAGCAAAGCCGCCCCUCAGUCCCCCAGCGUCCCCAAGCAGCCCGGGCCUCCCGUCAUGACCUCUGACCCCAACAUGCUCAGCAACGAGGAAGCUACGGCUCACGUAAGAAAGACGAGGGACAGCUGGAGCUUGUGUUGUGACAGCGGUGUACAUGAUCGGCAUGAUUAAUGGAAAUAUGUCACUCUCUCUGCAGUUUGAGCAGAUCCUCGGUCUGGCUCAGAGGUCUCAGGACGAGCUGUUUCACAUCGCUCUCUACAACUGGCUGAUUCAGGCCGAUCUGACGGACAAGCUGCUGGAGGUAGUCCGUCUGAUCAUCAGUGCUUUGUUAAGAUACAAGCAGCUGUUAAAAAAACAGAGUUUCUGUAUCAUUAAUGGAUGUGCCAAUAAGUACAUUCCCUCUGACUGAAAUGUAUCCAUAUUUUAGAGCCCCAGACUCCCACUGGUUCUUAUUUAUUCUUAUAAAUUAAAUCACCAAACAGCUGUUUCUAGUUAAAAUGGAAAAUGUAGAAGAAAUUUAAUGCAUCCAUCUAUUUCACAGUCGGUGUUUCUGCUUGAAUUUUGUCGGUUUGUUUACUUUUUUUUCUCCCUCAGUAACAUUUCAAUAAUAAACCUUUUUUUUCCAGGUGAAUUCUCCGUACCUGGAGGAACAUCUGAUGCAUAUGAUCAAGCAGGACCAGAGUAAGGUGCACAACAUGGACCUGCUGUGGCGUUACUACGAGAAGAACCGCAACUUUGGCAAGGCGGCCCACGUGCUGGCCCGCCUGGCAGACAUGCACAGGUAUUAUCACUCACAACAACUGAAAAAUAACAGCCACUGUUUUGGAUGAUGUCAGGGAUUGUACAACGAUGUGCAAAUCAGAAUCUCGACAGGGUGGGGCAAGACCCCAAAACACCAGCAGGGGCGAAAUGACUUGGUUGAAUUCACAUUUUCUACUUUUAUUCACAGUUAAGUCUUAACAUUAGCAUUAUUUCUUGGCUGUACUAUAACAGCAGCUCCUGCAUAAGGUCCUUUACUUUGUGAGUUUUUUGUUAGUGUUUUUUUUUUUCUCUCUCACUCAGCCAGGACUGCAGCACUGCCAAAUCCCAGAUUGGGGUGCAGCUUGUCGUUGCUUGAUUCCUUUUUCCCCCCAGUAUGAACAGCGUCUCUUUGACUUUGCUCCCUGUGUGUUCAAUUACCCCUCACUGUUAGUCACUUUUUUUCACUGUUGUGUCUGGUCAGCCUUUAACCACUCAUGCAUCGUUUGGCGCUCCCAGUGAGUUGGCUUCUGAUGUUACCAAGAGGAAAUCAUUGAUUGUACUCGAGUUGUGCGUAACUCUUUUCCACAGAUUGCAGAUAUGUGUGUUGUGUAUGAUCAGGUUGUCCCUAUUUAGAAUAAAUAAACAUAGUUAAGGAGAAUUUAACCAAUCAGAACGAAGUGUUUGACACAGCCAGGUGAUCAGAAAUACAGCGACAAAAUUAGCAAAAAUAUUUCUCACACUUUCUAUAUACUUACACACAUUUUCUUAAGGGUUUUUCUUAUUAUUAAAAUUGUACGAACCGUAUGUUUACAUUUUACUCUAAUCUAAGUGAAGACAUGAUUUUAAAAAAACGUCCUGUGUUCUCCGACCACGCAGCACUGAGAUCUCACUGAAGCAGCGUUUGGAGUACAUCGCCCGCGCCAUCCUGUCUGCUAAGAGUUCUUCCUGCAUCUCAGCUCAGGCAUCGGAUGGAGAGUUUCUUCACGAGCUGGAAGAAAAGAUGGAGGUAUGUUUGCGAGACGAUCACAGUAAAAGGAAUCUAAAAACAACACAACUAAGUAUGAUGCAUGAAUGAAAUUAACAGUUGUAACUUUCCCUGCCGAGUGAAAUAAAUGUAAUUUGAUAACGACAUGAGGCGUAGUACUUUAAGAUAUAUGGGACAGGGUUCCUACACUGGUGGAAUUUCCAUACCUUACUUUUUCGAAUUAUUUUUUGGAAACACCUUCUUUUCUAUCUUAGAAAACUGUAUUUUAUAACUAUGGUUUGUAAUCUGUAAACAUAAAUAUUUUUCCAUACUUUAUUUUUCAUUUACUUUUUAAGACCUGGAAAUUGAUCAAAUUACUUCCAUACUUGAUGGAAGAAAGCAUAUUAGAAGCUUUCCCCAGCGUGUCCUUCCUGCACUCAAAAUGAAUCUGAGGGUUUCUUUUUUAACCUCUAAAUUGGCACCAAUGUUCCCCGAUGAUAACUGACAGCUCAUAGAAGUGUAACUGAGUGCUGCUAAAUGGUGUGAAAGUACAGCCAUCAUACUGAAAUGUAAGCACACCGAGUGAGAAAGCGUUACUUGAUGCGAUGUGUUUUCACUGUGAUGAUGAAGAAAUUGUGAUUUAUUCAACAGAACUAGUUGCAGCUACUUAGUCGUCUCUUUUUUUUUUUACCCCUUGACCAGCUGGUGCGCAUCCAAGUCCAGAUUCAGGAGACCCUGAUCAGACAGUACUCCCAUCAUCCCUCAGUGAAAAACGUCAUUUCCCAGUUGGACUCUGAGCUGAUGGACAUCACUAAGGUAACGCGAGCAGAUGUUGCAAAUCUGGGUUUGUGAUCGAUUAAAACGUUUAUUUACAGUGAAGAAAUGUCUGUAAACACUGCUGAAUUUCCUCUGGUGUAGCUCUACGGGGAGUUUGCCGACCAUUUCAAACUUUCCGAGUGCAAGCUGGCCAUCAUCCACUGCGCGGGACACUCUGACCCCAUCCUGGUGCACUCGCUGUGGCAGGAGAUCAUGGAGAAAGGCAAGUGAAGCGUUCAUCCAGGGCUAGCUAAAAGCUAAACCAUUUCAUCAAUUUCUUUCCUGUUCUUGCCACAUUUGAUGCUGGUUUCAGUGCUGAUUGUUUUGUCUCGGGUAGAACUCGGAGACUCUGUGGCCAUGAGUCCAGUAGACAGGAUGAGAUCGCUCAGUUUGAAGCUGGUCUCACUGGGGAAGAUUUAUGCUGGAACGCCGAGAUAUUUCCCUCUGGGUGAGCUUUGAAACCUUCCUGUUAUUAUCUUCAGUUUUCCUCUCGUUAUAAAUUUCCACCUGGCUGUUUUCUGUUUAGAUCACAGUAGUACAAUUAGAAUUCCCCUUUGCAUCAUUUCAUACACAUGCAUGUCCCUGAGGUACUGGUCUGCAAGGUGAAACUGGUGUUCUGUAUGAGUGCUCAAUUAUCCUCCCAUUAACAUCAGCCUGUGCAAACCUGCGCUCUCUGAGGAGACCAUCAUAGAUCCUGUGUAUAUCCUGCUCACACAAAUGCAGAGUACUAAUGGACGCAUUGAAAGAAAGUGAAGUAAUGCUGACAGCUGCUGAUGCGUCUUUUUGAUUUGCAGAGUUUCUAGUCAAGUUUCUGGAGCAGGAAGUUUGUCGGCUAAACUGGGACGUGGGCUUCGUCACCUCCACCAUGCAGGAGAUUGGAGUCCAGCUUCCCCGCCUUCUGGAGGUCUACGACCAACUCUUCAAAACUCGGGUAUAAACUGAAAAACAGUCUGCCCUUUUGUUUUAAAAUUUUAUAAACACUUUUAAACAACAGGUGUGGCCUCUUUUAGAUUGAGGAUUACACGUUGUGUUCAGGGUUCCUACACAAUUGGAAUUUCCAUACUUUUCCAGACCCUAUUUUUAGAAUUAUUUUCAGAAAUACCGACUUUUCUAUUUUAUAAAACAGUAUUUUAUAACUGUGGUAAUAUAGUCUGUUAACAUCAAUAUUUUUCCAUACUUAAUUUUUCCUUUACCGUACUUUUUAAGACCUGGAAAUUGAUCAAAUUACUUCCAUACCUCCCAUACUUGCGUAGGAACUGUGUGUGUUUUUAAUCCAUGAGUUUGUUGUCAUUUCUUGCUCGUAGGAUCCUUGUUGGCAGCGUCUGAAGAAACCUCUGCACCUGGUGGAGUGUAUCCAUGUGCUUCUGUCAGGAUACGUAGAUGAUCCCAGUAGAGUACCAACCUACGAUAGGUAAGAGCUGUCUGAGUCGAUGUGUCAGCCUUUUUUUUCACUGAGCAUACAGUUCCUUGUUGUUGUACAAACUCACGCUGUUUCCAAACCAAAGUGUCCAGAACCUUCCCUGUUUACUCACUGUAUCACAAGCUGCUGUAGAUAAAAUCCUAAUCCUGUUGUUGGAUUAAACCUUCCAGAAAAGAAAUGUUCAUUUUGAUCAAACUGAACAUUUUAAUACGUGUAUUUCCUGUGGAAACAGCAGACAUUACUCCAUGAGAAUAAGCUCCGAUCUUGAUCACAUUGGGGCUUUUUUUUUUUUUAAGAUAAUACAAAAAAUCCAACAUGCUCAUUAUUUUCCAAGCUUGAUGUCUGAGUAAUUCCUCUGAUCACUCAACGAGGUCGGAUAGGUUUGCAUCACAGGAAAUCCUGGUUUGAAGGAUUGUUCAACAUUCAAGGGUCUUUAUUAAAUAUUGACCAGACUCCCGUACAUAAAUCAAAGGAUGAUUGGCUGCUGUGAUUAGUUGUCAGCCUUGAACUGUGUAAAAAUGAAAAAUAAUCUUAGAGAUGUCACCUACUGGGGGUCGCCAUAUUAGAAAUGCUGACUCUAACUUUAGAGAAAUGGAGGAACAUUCACAGAUGUUGAGUUUAGGUAAUCCUGAAGUCUCAAAGUCACCUGUGAGUGAGCUCACCAUGCCUUCAAUUAUGCGUGUUUGUACACAAGUAUUAGGUGAGUUUUUUUUUUACCAUCUAAAAGUUGGACUAAGUGAGUUAAACUAAUAAAACUUCACUAACUCGAUCUGUAAGUCCACAAACCAAGCCCCUGAGAUGUUAAAAUGUUCUGUUCAAGUUUGAUCUCAGGACCCGUUUCCUGGAUCAGUUUAGGUCAGGGUUCACCAAAUCGGGCCCAUCAGAACGUCUCAAACACAUUUCUACCCUUUGUGUUACUGAGCUACUAAACCCCGUUCAGGGAAUUAGACACAAACUUUGGAACCACAUUGUUUCAGUCGCUUAGACCGCUAAAGCCCCAGAUUAGUUUGGAAGAGUGUCUGCCAGAACCCGCCCUAACCUCCCUGUAAACUUGAUUAUCAGCUUGUUUCUUCUGUAUUCCAGGCGCCGCUUCACUAAUGUAUGUCUUGACAACAUCUGCGGAUACCUGGUGGAGCUUCAGUCUCUGAGCCCAAACUCUGCCCUACAACAAACCAUCGGAAACUUCAAGUCACUGCAGGCCAAACUGGAAAAACUUCAUUGACAUUGCUCAUGAUGUUCUUCUCAGGCCAAAGGACAGGUGACUGUACUGAUGUUGCACUGAUCACUGGGCCUGAUCGAGUGGAUUGCGUGUGCGUGUGUGAUAACAAGAUCAGCACAGAAAACAUGAUGUCUGUAUUUAUCUGUAGUUUGCCACCUUUUAUUGUCAGCCUGAUAUGUUGUGGUUUUGGGAAUGCCUGUAGAGACACAGUGAGAGCAGGAGAGAGAUAAAGAGACAAAGAGAGAAGUUUUAUAACUUAUUUAAUACAUUUUGUUAUAAGUCUAAACAUAAUGCUGGAAUACAACUUUGAAAAGAAAGACACUAGUGGUUAUUUGCAUUGUCUGCAAGUAGCGGUGCCAAAUAUCUGAAAUUAAUGACAACAUAUUGAGGUGUUUUUUUUAAAGAAAUUGAAAUUUCUCUGAAUUUUUCAUGGUUGUUUUUCAUAUUUUGACAAUGCACUUAUCACUUAUAGACUAAAGAUAUUUUGAUAAGGUUCCACUCGUUUAAAAUACCAUUUGAGCACAGAGGAAUAAUUUUGAUUGUUCUACUUUUUCCUCCAAACAAACAGUUCAGUGUUUAACGUUGUAAUUAUGUACAUAACUCGACCAUUAAGUCAGAUCCUCUGUCAAAGGCGGGGACACAGCUUAACCCUUUUUCUUGUGAAGUAUUUACAGUUUGCAUUUUGUGUACUUGGAUGAUAAGUUUGACCGUGUCCUUGAGUGUGAGUGCUCUUGUUGAGAUACAUUUGUCACACUGUGAGGUUCACAGUGCUUUACUGAAUGGGGAAGAAAAACAUAAAAACUUUUAUAAAGAAAUAAAACUUGUCCUUAGUUUUG